CUGGCAACUGGCAACACUGCGAGAACCGUUGGAUUGAUGCCUAUACAAUAGUUUGUUGCUUUUUAGUCUGAAAUAAUGCUUCCCAUUUAGUAUUUUGGUAAUUGUAAAACUUUGAACACUCGAUGAAUUUACCAAAAAACAAUUGUCUGAAUUUUCUUAGUGACUUUUAGGCUACCAAUUCAAGAAGAAAUACUUUUAGAAGAUGCCGAGUGUGAUAAAUAAAAGUGUAGAUGGCUCUCGUCCAAUAGACGCUACUAAAAUGCAGCUUGAAAAUCUAGAAUUAGCUGGAUGCACCUUAGACCGGUACAUAAACGCGGAUAAUUCGCGCCCUUCGUUUUUGGAGAUAACAGGCAUAGCGGCACAGAGAAGCCCAACAUGCAGUGGUCUAAAUGCAGGCGAUUACAGAAAUCUGGCUUCUCUCCUCAAUCAUCCCAACUUAUCACAAUUAAAGAUAUUGAACAAAGUGCCAUUGCCACCUGAAAUUAUGGAGCAUUUUGCUCAUAUGCAGUGUCAUUGUUUAAUGGGAGUUUUUCCAGAAAUAAGCAGAAUUUGGCUGGCUAUUGACAGUAAUAUUUAUGUUUGGGCUUUUGAACAUGGCAGCGAUGUGGCAUAUUUUGACGGACUAGGCGAGACCAUUGUCAGUGUUGGCCUAGUCAAACCCAAGCCUGGUGUCUUCCAAAGUUUUGUUAAAUAUUUAUUAGUAUUAACUACUACAGUUGAAAUUGUUGUUUUAGGUGUAACAUUUUCUGCCAGUAAAAAUGAAGGAAAUAGUGACUUUCAGGAGAUCCAUUUAGUGCCAGAGCCAGUAUUUGUUUUGCCAACUGAUGGUGUUUCAAUGAUGUCAGUUAAAUCAACAGCCAAAGGCAGAAUUUUCAUGGGUGGGAAAGAUGGAUGCCUUUACGAAAUCACUUAUCAGGCUCAGUUAGGAUGGUUUGGUAAACAUUGUAAAAAAGUUAACCAUUCCACUAGUGCUUUAUCUUUCCUAGUGCCUUCAUUUUUGAAUGCUGCUUUAUAUGACGAGGACCCAAUAGUUAGGAUUGAAGUAGAUAAUUCUCGGCACAUUUUGUAUACACUAAGCGAGAAAGGUUGCAUAGAAGUGUUUGAUUUAGGAAGCGAUGGUGAAGGUUUUAGCAGAGUUGUAAGACUGAGUCAAGGGAAAAUAGUGUCUUCAGCAAUGGAUAUUGUCAAAACGUUAGAGGCUAAUAACUUUAAACCAGUGGUAGCAAUUUCAGCAGUGGAUGAGUCAGAAUCUGAACAAUUAAAUCUGGUGGCUGUUACACAGACAGGAGCCAGACUGUACUUUAGUACUGGGAGUGGGGACGCGAGUCAAGGUGGGUCACAAAGACCUCAGUACCUCACACUCCUCCAUGUGAGGUUACCGCCGGGAUUCACUCCCAAUGCCUCAGUACUUAAACCCAAACAAGUGCACAGUGCUGUAUACGACAAUGGAACCCUGGUGAUGGUGUGUUCUGCGGGCGGGGGCGGGGAGGCGGAGACGCUGUGGUGCCUGUCGCGCGUGGUACCGGGCGGCAGCGCCUUCAGUGAGGCGCACACUGUGCUGGCGCUCGACGGCCCAGCCUGGGCGCUCACACAGCUGCCGCCGCACCACGCCGCGCCGCUGCUGGCUAAGAGAGAGGCGUGGCGUUCGUCGCGGUGGGCGGUGGUGACGGGCGCGGGCGCGGCGGUGCUGGCGGCGGGCGCGGCGCCCGAACUGCUGCGCCAGCUGCUGCGCGACUGCCGCGGGCCCGACGCCGCGCCCGUCAAGGACUUCUUCCAGUUACACGAUGUGGAGGAAGCAUGCGCGUGCGCGUUGUACCUGGCAUGUGAAGACACGUCCACGGGCGACCUUUCUAUCAACGAGUGGGCGGCUCGGGCUUUCACCUUAUAUGGCAGUCAACUGACCCCCACCACUAUAUAUCAUCAGCAGAAUUCUCAAAUGCCAUCUAAUAUAGCCUCUCUGAAGUUCUCUCCUCGUCAAAUGUCCACGCCAAUGACAAUGCGAGGUCCACAGGGCCAACUACAACAGGGGAAACUGAAUCACUCGUACCAACAGGGGCAAAUGAACCAAUCUUUCCCGGGAUCACCCAACCAGUCAGUAGUGCCACAAUCGCCAUUCCAACAAAACAUGAUGAGUCUCGCCCCCUUCAACCAGUCUUCAUUUGUUGCGAACAUGUCACAACAACGUGAUCCCAACUACCCUGUCCAAGUGGAGUAUAGUGCAAAGCAUAAUGGACUUUAUAUCUAUGUCGGAAGAAUUCUCGCCCCUAUUUGGAAUCUAAAAUGCGUCUCUAAAUCUUUGACACCGGACCACAAAGAAUUUCUGAGCAGCACCGUGGACGGCGCGGACGUGUCGCACUCGUGCGCGCGGCUGCAGCGUGUGGCCAGCUACAUGCAGCGCGCGCUGGCGCCGUCGCACGAGCACGAGCACGCCUCGCUGCACGCGCUCAACACCUUCAUCGCAAUGUCAAUAGAAAUGCUCAGUCUUUGGAAGGUCUUGUGUGAGCAUCAGUUCCACGUCAUCGCCGCAAGUCUGCCGCCGGAACAACAAAGUGCACUGCAAGCCGCAAGCUUUAGGGAACUGCUGGUAGGCGGGCAGGAGGUGGCGUGUCUCCUGCUGGGGUCGCUGGUGGCGGGCUAUCUGCGGGACAACGCGUCUGUGGAUGGCAUCUCUCAGAAACUGCGACAACUGUGCCCGUCUCUGUACAGGCAAGAGGACGCCAUUUGCUCUAAAGCAAAUGAAUUAUUGAUGUUUGCAAAACAACAGAAGAAUCCUUCUGAACGAGAAGAAAUGCUGCAACAAGCAUUGAAACUUUGUAAGGACGUGGCGCCGAAUGUGAACCUGCCGCUAGUGUGCGCGAAGCUGGUGUCGUCCGGUUUCUACUCCGGCGUGGUGGAGCUGUGCGUGGCGUGCGCCCGCAAGCUGGACCCGCAGAACAAGGCGCUGCACUACUACCGCAGCCUGCAGCCCUCGCAGGACCGCGAGGGCCAGUUGCUGUAUUACAGGAGGAUGGAGAUCUACCGCGAGGUGGGUCAGGCGCUGGAGCGGCUGUACGAGCGCAGCGCAGAGUCGCCCGCGGAGCCCGCGCCGCUGCGCUCGCCGCGCGUCGCUGCCGACUCGCUGCUGACCCCCGCUGACGCCAACUAUCAGGGAAGAAAAUUGGUGUGGCAAUGCCUAUCAACCGAUGACGAAUUGCUUCAUGUUGCUGUCUAUGAAUGGCUCGUAUCGAAAAAUCUGGGGUCGGAGCUCGUAUCUCUGGGCGGAGCGCCGCCGACGUCGCUGCGCACGUACCUCAGAGCGGCGGCGCGCGCGGCGCCCGCGCACGACGCGCUGCGGCUGCUGGACCUGCUGUGGAAGGUGCUGGAGAAGGCCGGCGACCACUGCGCCGCCGCCGCCGUGCUCGAGGGGCUCGCCACCAGCCCCGGUUCCGGCGCGACGCUGUCACAGCGGAUGUCGUGGUUGUCGGCGGGUGUGGUGUGUCUGCGGGGCGCGGGGUCGGGCGGCGGGGAGCUGCUGCGGCGGCUCGAGGAGGCUGCAGAAGUGGCCAGAGUUCAGGCGUCCGUGCGCGCCGCCGCCAACGCGCUGCCGCGAGCGCUGCAGCCGCCGCACCACCUCAUGCAGCGCCUCGACGACGAACUGCUAGAGAUACACCAGCUGUACGAAGAAUACGCGGACCGCUACAACCUGUGGGAGUGUAAGCUGGCGAUCGUGCAGUGUUCGGGGCACAACGACGUGCUGUUGGUGGAGACGAUUUGGAGCAAUAUCCUGGCGGAGGCGGAGGCGGCGGCGCGCGCGGUGGCGGCGGCCGACGAGCGGCUGGCCAGCGUGCUAAGCAAGCUCACCACACUCGGCCGCGAAUACGCCAACACGGGCCACUGCUUCCCGCUCUAUUUUAUUGUGCGUCAGUUGGAAAUAAUGAGUUGCAAAUUACAAGCUGACCAAAGUAUGGUUUUCAAAACAAUCUUGAACAUUGGAGUGUCCUUGGAACAAGUUUUAGAUAUUUAUAUCAAACUGGUGAGCAUGAACGAGCGCGUGUGGCUGGGCUGCGGCGACGAGAGCCACCUGUGCGCGGUGGCGGCGCAGCUGCUGAGCGCCGCGCGCGCGCCGCUGUGCGCGCUGCCGCCCGCGCCGCGCCGCCGCGCGCUCGCACGCUGCAAGGAGCUGCACGACGCUGCGCUCUCCGCCACGCAGGCCCGCCCGAACACACAGCAUCUCAUCGACAAACUGACAGUGGCGCAGGCGCAUUUAGAUCGUAUGGAUUAAUUUAAUUGUAGUCAAUUUUAGUACUUAGUAUGUUAUCGUAUAAUCAAAAUAUCCAACGCUGGUUAUUUGUUUUCCGACAUCAUCAUCCACAUAUAAUGUGACACUCAAUUAGAUAUUAUUUUUGUUUUCAAUUGGGUUGCUGUAAAAACAAAAUGACUUCCAGAUAAAAAUGGCCAUCUUAUAAUUGCUGAUAAAAAUGUAAUUCAAUAUUUUUUACAUUCAUAUAAAUUAUUACAUGUAUUUCUUAUUAACAAUGGCAGUGACUCAUUCCUUAAUUACAAUAUUUUAGUUUCAAUAAUUAAGCUCAGUUAUGAUAUCUCACUAAGUUUUCAUAAUAAUUUAUAAACUUUAAUCAUGUGCAUGUAUAGAAAUAAAAUGUUUAAGAAAAAGACAUUCUCUAAAUGAUUUCUAUUUUUUGUAAAUAAACGAUGAUGAUUGAA